CCCACAUCUGCCUCACUCUGGUCUUCCAUCAUAUCCAUCACCUAUCACCACACUCGACCGCACCUUUUGUCAGGUAAUUCUUUCGGCAGCUCAGUGUUGAUUGAAAACAGAACGUACCAGGGGUGCGUCGAGGGUGCUCAUUGUGCACAAUGAAUGAUUCGGCGACUGCCUCUUCCUUUCUCUGCCCCAACGAAGCGUCGUCGCAGCUUGCCACUCGCAAGAUACACAGGAGGCGAGCUUCGCAGCCUGCACCUGUUGGGUCUACGUCAAGCAGUCGGAGAGCGAGCGCCAGCGACAGCGAUUGUUUCAGCGGAAAUGCUCUUCAUCUUGGCGCUGGUCGCAUCUCCGUCGGCAGCCCUUCGGCAGGGUCCAGCCGAGCCGGCACCCCCCUUCUGGUGCAGCUGUCGGCCGAAGAUCUAGACCACAGCGACAUCACUACAGAUCUGUUAAUGAUCGCAAAACAGACGUAUGCGAAUAGCACCACGAGCCUUGGAAGCGAUUCAAGCGAGGAGGACGAGAAUCACCUCGACCAUUGGAGCAAAGGCACGGGUGACGUGGCAAUCAAAACUUCACACCAGAGAAGCGCCUUGGAAUACGUGGCUCGAUUUGCCCGCCUCAUUGCCGCUUACACUGGCGGCCUUGCGGGAUCAAGUAUUAGCACAUCUCGCUGCUGUCGAGGCGCGAUUUCAGAGUCUGCGCCAGAGUCUCCCAUCAACGAUCGCCGUCUCAGAAAAGAUGUUCAGAAGCCCUUCAUGGUAUCUCAAGCAAGGGAAUGAUGACUUUGAUGCCCCUGACAAAUACGGCGACCCAAUGGAUCAGGCCAUACUGUCCUCCUUCUACUCUCACCUUUCGCUCCUUCGAGAGGAGCUCAAACUGCUUGUGCAGCGUCUUCCUUCCUCGUCCUCAACUGUUUCAAGUCCGUUUGCUUCAUCACAGAUGGGCAUUUCAUCACUCCCAAGCUCACUAAGCCUCCCGCGCAUGCCUGUCAAUGUCAACAUGCUCUUCGACGCGUUCUACGCUCGCUUGCCGGCUACACCCCCUUCAAUAAGUCCGCCAAACGCUGCCGCAGACGAUCACCACAAGGAUCCAAAGUUCGAAGCAGCCUGUGAUCUUCGUCGUCUCCUUUCCGCCAUCAAGAACAACCUGGAAGCGGUUAAUGAGACAGUCAACAGUGUCGCGCGCAAGGACUGUUUACUCAACGCGUGGUCGACGCUGCACCAAGAGAAUCACAUCAGCCGCACACUCACUCGCACGAGGUCUGGCAGCUUUUCCGCGUUGCAAUCAGCGCAAUUGUCUCUCGUCGCUGCGAAUGCGCGCGAGUCAACUGCCGCCUUCGUUCGGCGCAUGGAAGAACGCUUGGUCUCACUCGCUAACACGGGUCGAGAUCGUGCCAACGAUGUAGUACACCGGGCUGCUGAGGCUGCCAAGCAAACCGAGGACAAGAUAUACAGGACAGCGCUAGAUCUUGCCAAAGGUGGCCGGCAGCUCAUUACCUAUGCUGAUCUACCGGAAUUAUGGAAAAAUAACGAAUACAUUCUCGGAGGCUACCGCUUCAUUCCCUCCCGCAACUGGGGCGCAUUGUUGCGCAGCACCUUCGAAGUGCACAACGAGACCGGCAACAUUCUGAGUCACCUCAUCGGCAUCUUCAUUGUUCUCCCGCUUUUUUGGCCCGACGCAAACAGCACCAGCGACGUUCACACCACACCGAUGGACAGGCUUGUCCAAACUAUCUACCUCAUCGCCGCCGUCAAAUGUCUGGUGCUCUCCGUCAGCUGGCAUGUUAUGGCGGGAUGCGCUGAUCAUAAGAUAUUCGAGACGUUUGCCUGUGUAGACUACACUGGCAUUGCAUGGCUCGUAGCGGCGUCCAUCUGGACGGUCAUCUAUAAUUGCUUCUAUUGCCAGCCCAACCUGGCGCUGCUCUACUCUGCAACUACAUUCAUCGUCGGCCUCGUCGGAGCUAUUGUGCCAUUCAUGGAUUUCUUCAACAGGCGCGAGAACAAGAAGUGGCGCAUCGCUAUGUUCCUCGGCAUGUGCUUUACAGGGAUCGCACCCUUUUCGCACGCUGCCUUUGAGCAAGGCCUCGGGAAGACAGCCCAAUUCUUGUCUCCAAUAUUCCCGUCUUUGCUCGCGUACGUCGCCGGCCUUGUCUUCUACGCCACCCACUUCCCAGAAUCCUUGCGGCCGGGCUUGUUCGAUGUUGUCGGCCACGCCCAUCAAUGGUGGCACAUCUCUAUUGUUAUUGCGAUCUGUCUGCAUUAUCGUGCUGCCUUGAUCUGGCACGAACAACGAUUCGAUUUCAGCUGCGCCGGCACUCCGCCCUCGGCUUCCCUGCCUGCCUUCAAUGAGCUGCUCGCGUCUGCCGGUGGCCUAGGAGGCACACACAGCCUUGACCGAGCCGACAAAAAGAUACAUCGUAUGCGCCAGUUCCUCGGCACACUCGCAGGUGGCAAUGUUGGACGCUUUUACGACGUCAUCGUGGAUUUCCUGCAGACCUCCUUUUAGACGUAGAUCAUGCUUCAAUCGCAAUCCUGGUCACAUCCACCUUUUGCUCUCGCGCCUGCUAACCGCACCCUGUAAACUAAGCAUCUUACAUCCACUGAGCAUCGCAC